AUGGCAACAGAAUCCACAACAACAAUGACUUUUAUCAGCAUCUUCAUCUGGGCACUUGUCAUCUGCACUCAGGAAUCCAGUGGACAGUAUACUGUGACUCAGACUCCAGCAGUGAAAUCUGUUCUCCCAGGAGACACAGUCGCUCUGAGCUGUAAAGUCAGCAGCGCAGUGUACAAUAACAACUAUCUAGCCUGGUACCAACAGAAACCUGGAGAAGCUCCCAAACUCCUGAUCUAUGGUGCAAGUACCCUUGAGUCUGGGAUCCCAACUCGUUUCAGUGGCAGUGGAUCUGGGACUGACUUCACUCUGACCAUCAGUGGAGUCCAGGCUGAAGAUGCAGGAGAUUACUACUGUCAGAGUUUACACAUUGGUAGUGUGUUUCACACAGUCCUCCAGCACUUCCUGUUCCCCCACUUCCUGCAGACGAACUUCCUUUUCCUGGUGAUGCACUUCCUGUUCCUCCAUGUCUUGUUGAUGCACUUCCUGUGGCUCCACUUCCACUUCCUGUUCAUGGUGAUGCACUUCCACUUCCCGUUCCUCCACUUUCUCUUCCUGGUGACACACUUCCUGCUCCUCCACUUCCACUUCCUGUUCCUGUGGCACCGCCUCUUCUGUCCAGUUAAUCUCCGAGUUGGUCGAGUGCUCGAUUUGCACCUCCUCUCCUGCCUCUCCAGACUGUCCCUGCUCUCCUCCCCCUGA